ACUCGGACUUGGAUUCGUCAUUCUUCGGCGAACAGAAUCGGUGGAACGAUUGGACACACGGCUUUGAUGCUUAACUUGUGAUAAAAUAUGCUGCUGGGCCUUUACGUGUCCAAUUUGCGAGUUCGAGUCCCAACUACCACUGGGAGGGUGCUGGCGUCUUGCCAUAAUGUCCGACCACUCGCACUUUCGCCACAGACUCGAGACAUACUCUUCAGGAGACGGAUACAUCCCCUUUCUAUUCAAAACUCGCGAUGCUAUGCAACUGAGACGCCUCCCAAGAAGCCUGCUGGGCUUACGAGGUUCCUGCCAUCCGCGCUUCAACCUGCACCAGGAAGUAGCUCCUCGUUCCGGAAGAUAAUUGCACUGGCUAAGCCGGAGAAAAAGCAAUUGCUGCUUGCAAUGGGCCUGCUGCUGGUGUCCUCUUCAGUCGCGAUGAGCGUUCCGUUUACGAUCGGAAAAUUGAUAGAUUUUUUCUCUUCUUCAGACCCAAUAAUACCUUUUGGAUUAUCAAUUGGGCAAGCAUCGGCGGCUCUCCUACUGUUGUUUACGACGGGAGCAGCGUGCAAUGCCGCGAGGUCAUUCCUCAUGCGGAUGUCAGGGCAACGAAUUGUUGCGCGGCUGAGGGAGCGGUCGUAUGCUGCAGCACUGAGACAAGAAGUCGAAUUUGUGGAAAGGGGAGAAGGUGAUGUUUUGAGCAGAUUGACCGCGGAUUCGAGCAUCGUCGGGGAAAGUGUCACGCAGAAUCUCUCGGAUGGACUGCGAGCUAUUGUGAUGUCAUCUGUUGGCCUCGGUGCCAUGUUCUACUUGUCCCCCACGCUGACUGUGAUGAUGUUGGGAAUUGUUCCUCCAGUCUCUCUUGGUGCUGUGUUCUACGGCCGCUACCUGAAAAAGUUGUCGAACCAGACGCAAGAAGCGAUGGGUGAGUUGACCAAGGUCGCACAAGAGUCGCUCUCGGCUCUGCGGACAGUGCAAGCAUUCAAUGCGCGCGACCAAGAGGAGGCUAAGUUCCACGACCGAGUGACACACGUCCUUACGCUAGCUCGGAAGGAAGCGGUCGCAUCAGGAAUCUUCUUUGGAAGUACUGGUUGGAGCGGAAAUGUGACUAUCCUUGGGCUGCUUGGAUACGGGGGAACACUGGUCUCGCAGGGUGCGAUCACCGUCGGAGACCUGACGAGUCUCCUGUUAUAUACCGUAUAUGUUGGCUCGGGUCUGCAAAUGCUGACCUCAUUUUUCUCGUCCAUCAUGCGCGGGAUCGGUGCAGGCACGCGCAUAUUCGAGCUGCUCGACCGCACGCCAGCGAUUCCGCCACAUGGGGGCAUCGAGGUUGCUCCGUCGCGCUACGGCACGGUGAGAUUCGAGAACAUCGGGUUCGAGUAUCCUAGUAGGAAGGGUGCACGUAUCCUCGAUGACUUCAACCUCGAGAUUGGCAUCGGAGAGAGCGUGGCGAUCGUGGGGAAGAGCGGUGGGGGCAAGUCGUCCAUACAAUCAUUGCUUCUCAGGUACUACGAUCCUGUUCGGGGGAAAGUAACCUUUGAUGGCCAGGAUAUCCGUGAAUUCAACCCUUCGUCAUGGCGCAGUAUUAUUGGUAUCGUUCCCCAGGACCCCGUUCUCUUCACAGGGACCAUUGCAUCGAACAUUGCCUUCGGAAACAAGGACGCUACGCGUGAAGAAAUCGAAGCUGCUGCGCGCGAGGCAAACUGCGAGUUCAUCUUGGGCAUGCCGAAGGGAUUCGACACCGAGAUUGGCCGUCUGAGCUUGAGCGGAGGACAAAGGCAACGCCUGGCGAUUGCCCGUGCGCUGCUGAAAAAGCCCGUAAUUUUGGCGCUCGAUGAAGCAACCAGUUCGCUCGAUGCAGCCUCAGAACAUAGGGUCAACGACGCUAUCGACAAGAUCCUGCGAGCAAGACGCACAACGUGUCUGAUUGUCGCACACCGUUUAUCCACCAUCGCGCGCGCGGAGCGAAUUGUCGUGCUUGAAGAUGGCCGGAUAACAGAGUCGGGAACGUAUAGACAGCUUGUGAAUACGAAGGACUCGAGGUUCCGGUCGCUGAUGGCUGCACAGCUGAAUGCGGCUGCUGGAGAUGCACCCCUACCAUCCCCACCGUCUGCGAAUUUGGAUUCUGUGCCAUCUGCAUCUUUGGGAUCUGCACUACCCCCUCCUUAGAUCAAUUUUAUUUUAUGUAAACGGGUAUUUAUUAGAUUUUGCAUGAAUCGCAACCAGUUCACUUAUAAAAAAUGCACGACACUUCAUUUAGUGCGCUGCUUGGGUAUCGGCGUGAAGAGCGUGAACGUUGCCAUUUUCUGAUGUAGAUUUUUCAGCCCGUGGGCCAUUAAUCCCAGUGGGGCGUAGGGUAGGGCCACCCUGCGCGAGGCGGAGAAUAAGAAUGCUGAAAGCUUAGGUACGAUGGGAUUCAUACAUGAUAAAGUCCAGGACAACCUUAUACAUGUCUGUCGGGCAACAUUAAGUAUGUUCCUUGCUGGU